CUCUCACUUAGCAAGUCAACAUUUCAUCAUUCUUUUUGUUAAUUGUUUCAAUUAAAGUUGAUUGUUAAUCUUUGAUUGUUUCAAAUUUUUAAAUUGGUUAAAUCAUUUUCUCUAAAUUGAUAUUAAAUUCAAAUCAAUUAGAGUUUUUUUUCUCUCUUGUAAUCCUUCAUUUUUGUGACGAUCUUUCAUUUUCUUUUUUUUCUCUUGUCUUCAUCCCUCAAUUUUUUUCUUUUCUAUUCUCUGUCUCUUUUCCUUGUCUUUUUUUCUUCUCUUCUGGUUUGACUUUUUGUUUUCUUAUUUGGGAAAAUUAUCCUUCUUUCUUUUGUUUAUUGUUUUUCUGUGAAAUUUAUUCUCUUUGUAAUGGCUUCUACUCCAAGAUUAACUGAAGGUGCUCUUGGAACAAUCCUUUCUGGUGGUUUUGUUGAACGUCCAAUCGUCCAAAUUUUGGCUCAAAAAAAUGUCUCCGCUGAUAGUGUUCAAAGGUAUCGUUUCUUACUCUCUGAUGGUAAAUUUUCUUAUCAAUGUUGUAUCAUGGUUGGUGCUAUGGCUCAAAGAGUUGAAGCUGGUGAAUUUGAAAGGUAUACUGUUAUACGGUUAAAUAAAUAUGUUUGUAAUCCAGCCGCUGGAGGAAGCAACAAAAAGAUUCUUCUCAUCUCUGAGCCUGAAGUAAUUACUCCUGGGGCUAAUAUCGGACGGAAGAUUGGUAAUCCCACACCUUUUGAAGGUUCUUCUAUAGCCAAUGAUUCCCUUUCAUCCACAUUUGCAAAUGGUGUCUCAAGUACCUCAGGGGGGUCAACAAAUGGUGGCUACAAUGGAUUUAAAUCUGGAGCUAAAGCUUUCAGUAGUGUUCCCAAUCAAGCUGAUAUAAGCAUGAGUGAUACCUCUAUUAGAGAAGAGGCUAUUUUCCCAAUUAAUCAGAUCACUCCUUACCAGAAUAAAUGGGCUAUUCGAGGUCGUGUUACCAAUAAAGGAACUCUCAAAAGUUGGAAUAACGCCAAGGGCGAAGGUACUUUGUUCUCAUUUAAUUUACAAGAUGAAUCAGGGGAGAUUCGAAUUACAGCCUUUCGUACCGAGUGUGAUAAAUACUUUGAUAUGAUUCAAGUCGGAAAAAUCUACACUUUAGCAAAGGCUUCUGUUAAACCUGCCAACAAAAAAUGGUCUGAUGUUGACCAUGAGUAUGAGUUGACUCUUCAUUCAGACUCAAUUAUUAUCCCUUCAGAUGAUGAUACCAGUUGUCCUCAAAUUAAUUUUCAUUUUGUCAAAAUUGGUCAACUUGAAGCUGUUCCUGCUAAUUCAACUGUUGACAUUCUUGGUGUAUGUCGAGAUCCUGGUGAGAUGACAACCAUCAUGUCAAAAAAUUUGGGCAAGGAAUUAAGAAAGAGAGACAUUUCAUUGGUCGACGAUUCUGAGACUGAAAUUCGUUUAACAAUUUGGAAUAAUGAUGCUGAAACCUUCAAUGCCCAAUGUGGAUCUGUUAUCGUCGCCAAGAAAGCUCGUCUAACUGAUUAUCAAGGUAAAAGUCUAUCAACCAUUGGAUCAACACUUAUCCAAGUUGACCCUGAUUUACCUGAAGCUAACGAACUUCGAGGAUGGUACCAACGGCGAGGAAUUAACAUUGAACCCAAUGUACUUUCCCAAAAAUCAGGAUCUGCUGAUAUGGGUGAUAGUCAAUACCUUAACGCCAUCACAAAGGACAACGUUGUCGCGGCCGUGAAUGCCACUUUAACGACAACUUGUAAAGCAACAGUUACUCAAACUGGAAAAACUCAAAUCUACAUGGCCUGUCCUGAUGGAUGUAAAAAGAAACUCGUCGAGAUGAAUAAUGGUUUCUACAAAUGCGAUAAAUGUAAUAAAGAUGUGAUGCACGGAGAUCAUCGGCUGAUAUUGAAUCUAUUGAUUUCGGAUUGUACCAAUUCUGUUUGGGUGACCGCAUUUCAUGAAGAAGCCGAAAAACUUUUGGGAAUGAGUGCUAAAGAUUUGGCCGAUAUGAAAAGCCAAAAUGACGAGGAAUUCCUAGAAUAUGUCGCAACCCUAAAUUUCAGAACCUUCCAAUUCCGAAUUCGAGCAAAGAUUGAUAAUUAUAAAGAAGAAUCUAGAAUCCGAAGUAACCUUGUCUCUGUUAAUCCAAUCAACACUGUUGAUUAUUGUCGAAAACUGAUCAAAGAAAUCAAUGAAAUGAUUGUUUAAAGAAAAUUUUUUUCAGAAAAAUUUUCUUCCUGAGUCAAGUUUUCUCAAGCUUACAAAUGCUUAAUUUUUCCUGUUCAUCAAAAAACAAAAGAAACAAAUCAAUUUAUAAUUUUCUCCCUUUCAACUACUAUAAUCUUCUUGUCCAUUCAAUUUAUAUUUAUUAUUAAUGUCAAUUGUAUCUUUUUAGAUUGUGUCAUAACCAAUCUAUUAAUCAUUUAUCACUUUCUUAAUCUUUGAGAAAUUAAAUUGCCACCAUUAAAACCCAUAAAAAUGAA